AUGUCGUUGCCUGGUCUUGGGCUAGAAGAGCCAGAAGAGGUUCACACUGUCGAGGCCACCCAACACGAACUCACACAGGAGACGGAAUGGCGCUUCGAGGUCGCCGUGGGCAAAUAUGUCCAGGUCAAGUUGUUGACUGGGUCUGCUGAGCUGUUUGGAACUGAACUGGUGAUCGGGAACACCUAUACCUUUACAGGCACAAAGGCUGCCAUUUACACUUGGAAUGGCUGUUUAUUCCAGGUCAGCGGUGAUGCCCUGCAAAGCGAGUACAUCGCCGAAGAAACCCCCAUGAGCGAGUACAUCAACACCCAUUUCAGUCUCGAAAGUCUGCGAAGUCAAGCUCAAGCUACUGGACAUGAAGGCCCGCGAGUCUUGAUCUUGGGCCCUGAAAAUGCAGGCAAAACCUCUCUUGCCAAAAUCCUGACAGGCUACGCUUCUCGAUCUGCCCGGUCCCCAGUCGUGGUCAACCUGGACGUCAAGGAAGGUGUCAUGAGCAUCCCGGGCACCCUGACUGCGACCGUCUUCAAAACCCUGAUGGACGUCGAAGAAGGAUGGGGAACUGCGCCAAUGUCGGGCCCCAACGGCGCCAUCCCCGUCAAGUUACCACUCGUCUACUUCUUCGGCAGUUCGAAACCAGAGGAAAAGGAAGGUAGGGUCUACAAAGCCCAGAUGAACCGGUUGGCUCUCGCAGUGGCGGGACGCAGAGCUCAAGACCCGGAAGCCAGAGAAAGUGGUAUCAUCAUCGACACACCGGGAAGUCUGACUGCGUUGAAAUCCGGCAAUACCGUCGGAUACGAUAUUAUCCAGGACAUCGUCUCCGAAUUUGCCGUCUCGGCCAUCAUCUGCAUGGGCUCAGAGAGACUGUACAGUGACAUGGUCAAAAGAUUCGACGGACAGCCCACCGCAUUUCGACCCGCAUCGUCGUCGACCACGACAACAAAAGCAGACACAAUCUCUGUCAUCAAACUUGCCAAGUCUGGCGGCUGCGUCGACCGCGACGAAGCAUUCAUGACCGCCUUUCGCGCCGCACAAAUCAAGACGUAUUUCUACGGCAACGCGCGGCUGAGCAACGGUAUCUCGCUCCAACCUCGUCAUCAGCAGGUGGAUUUCUCUACAUUGACCGUCUGGCGCCGCAUCGGGACCACGCCUGACCCCUUUUCAGCAGCAGCCAGCCUGGACCCAGACGACGAGGAUUCGUUCCUACCCGGCGGAACAGGCGACGACGCUGAUGAGACGUCUCCGUCCAAGGUCCCGCUCCCCGAAUCGCAGAUAUUUGAACGCAUGACCAGCCCCAUUGCGGCGAUGCGCAGUUCCGUCCUUGCGGUGAUGAACUGCGACGGGGAAGCCGAGCAGGAAGUCAUUCGCGACAGCACCGUGAUGGGGUUUCUGUAUGUCACAGAUACAGAUGAAGCUAGAGGACGCAUCAGUCUGUUGAGUCCCGUUGCAGGGCGAGUGCCGAGCAGGGCGAUUGUAUGGGCGGGCUGGCCGGAAAGCGUUAUCGGGUUGGAAAGGACGUGA